AUCCACCUAAGAGCAUGUGGUGUUUUCAGAAAAGACAGAGAUCAUCCCCUUGACUUUGGACUUCGCUUAUUGAACCCCUGAACAGAACCAAGGUCGCUAAGAGACCACCUGCGCUGAAUGCCCUCCGUCCUAGCGAGAGUGACAGAAAACCAGAGGGCCCUCAUCUGCCGCAGCCGGGGCCCAAGCAGGAAGUAGGAUCAUUCUGGAUAUGACGUCUAAAAACUGGAUAUUAAUUUCUACUACUACUCCCACAAGUCUGGAAGAUGAAAUUGUGGGGAAACUUCUAAAAAUUUUGUUUGUUAUCUUUGUUGACUUAAUGUCUAUUAUAUAUGUUGUUGUAACUUCUUAGAAAGCUGACUUCCUUUACUUUACAAGUAAACUUCAAAUUGAA